AUGGCCUAUCCGCAUCCAGGAGUGGUGCAAGCAGCGCAGGAUCCCUCCAACGGCAUCAUGCAGCCAAAUGAACUCAGUGGUAUCGAUAUCUACAGCAUCAGGGCUUCCGUGCCGUCGCCGUUCAUCAAUGUGCUUUGUGCGACAGGUAUCAACGAAUCGUCGCUGGCACCGCUCGUAUACGCUAAGUGGGCCAACGCAUCUUUGCCCGUGAACAUGAGGACAUUGCCAAACCAGGUGGACACCCCAGAUCCAUAUCUGGGUGGAACGGAGUUCGAUAGCCUGUUCGAAGGGGGCCCGGAUUACGGCUUGUCCAAAUGGCCACCAGUCUUCCCGAAGCUGCCCGCGGAAUACAACACCAUUGCCAACGACACGACAGGCUGCGAUUAUGGACGCAACGCCGUAUAUGUCCUUGGCAAAGGUGGUGACCUGGUCACCAACAAUUUCGCUCUUUGCGAGCUUCGAGUCGGUCAGACGCCAGCGUGCUCCACCCAAUACAAUGCUUCUUCGAAUGUAGCCACCCUCGAGGUCAUCUGCGAGGACCCUAAUGACCAAAUGUCGUUCCUCUCUUCCUCACCAAUCGCAGUGUCUGGCAAUGCCUCGUACAGUAACGAAUGGCCCAAAAUUGCCAGCAUGUGGAUCAGAAGUAUCAACAUGGACUCCGGCGCUGUCGAGCCGAACUCUUCCAAUGCCCGGUUAUGGCCCGAACUGCUCUUCGCCGAACCGCAGUACGACUGGACCGGAGAGCUGGUGCUUGACAAGAACCUGCCGUCCCCUGCGGAGGCCCUUGCGGUCAUGUCCGGCUGCACUCUCCUGCAGAGCGCUCAAGAUGCACCGUUCGUCGAGUUCUGGAACUACUCGGGCUUUGGAAACAUGCUUGAGCUUCCUACACGGCAGUGGUUCACGGCGUCGGUUCACCAGCAGCAAUACGCUUCCGGUGGUACUGCAGGCUAUGAACAGGCUUUCAACGUUGUCUUGUUUGCGGUAUUCUUCAUCAAUGUCCGGAUCCUGGUGUACUGGCUCUGGCAUCGAGUUUGGUACAUUGACUUCAGCGACCCAAGGAUCUUGUUGGGACUUGCGAUGAACAGCCACCCGAACAGACAGCUGGCAGAGAGCAGUCUGCGAAAUAGUCCAUGUGAAGGACCGCGGUAUGACCAGUUUUGGAAAGUGCAAGAAAAUGCCGAUGGGCUUGUUCAUAUGGUCAGCCCUUCCCUGGAGAGUAAAUGCGGUCAGAGGUCUUUGAUCAGUAGUUGGAAGCCGCGCACUCCAAAGGUCUUCAGCCAGCUUGUCCAGACGGUGACAAGCCCGGUGUCCAUAGUGAAGGAGAAGUUCGGCAGUUUCAGCAGGCUGAAGGGCUAG